AUGCUUUCAAUCAAGACUUUGGCAUUGGCCUCGGCCACCCUUCCGGCGGCUCGCGCUUGGGGCACGCUCGGCCACGCCACCGUCGCCUACAUUGCGCAAAACUACGUCGACGACACGGUGGCGUCGUGGGCGCAGGGCCUGCUGGGCGACACGUCGGACUCGUACCUGGCCAACAUUGCCUCGUGGGCCGACGAGUACCGGGCCACGACGGCGGGCAAGUGGUCGGCGCCCUUCCACUUCAUCGACGCCGAGGACAGCCCGCCGACGGACUGCAACGUCGACUAUGACCGCGACUGCGGCUCCACGGGCUGCUCCGUCUCGGCCAUUGCAAACUACACGCAGCGCGUCGGCGACGGCCGCCUGAGCGACGCCAACACGGCCGAGGCGCUCAAGUUCCUGGUCCACCUCCUCGGCGACGUCACGCAGCCGCUGCACGACGAGGCCCUCGACGUGGGCGGCAACACCAUCACCGUCACCUUUGACGGCUACGACGACGACAACUUGCACUCAGACUGGGACACGUACAUUCCCGAGAAGCUGGUUGGCGGCUCGGCCCUGACCGACGCCCAGACCUGGGCCAACGAGCUGAUCAAGGAGAUUGACUCGGGCAGCUACAAGAGCCAGGCCGCCAGCUGGAUCGCCGGCGACGACCCCGACGCAGCCGUCGACUCGGCCAUGACCUGGGCAACCGACGCCAACGCCUUUGUCUGCACCGUGGUCAUGCCCGACGGUGUCGCCGCUCUGCAGGAGGGUGAUCUGUACCCGACCUACUACAAUAGCGUCACGCCCACUAUUGAGCUCCAGAUUGCCAAGGGCGGCUAUCGACUAGCCAACUGGCUCAACUUGCUCUACUCUGCAAAGGUCGCCAAGGUCAAGCGAGACGGUGUCAUGGUGUCCAAGAAGGAUGUUGAUCUGUCGGGACGCGAGUUCCUUCCUCCUCCGAGACCAUUGAGCGAGGCCAAGAAGAAGAGAACUGCAUUUGGUUAUCAGUGCAAUCACCAACACUAG